AUAAAUACCUCACGGCUUGACUCACUCUGCGCACCUCACGGCCAAAGACACCAAAGCAGAUCACCAUGAAGGUUGUAGCAGUGAUUGUUGCUCUAACAGUCCUCUCCGGCUGCAAUGGCUGGUACUUACAGGACCCGCCAAAGGAGACAUGGGAGCUGGCUGUCGACCGCUUCUGGGAGUAUGUGGCGGACAUCAAUACCAGAGCUGAGGAGAUGAAAAAGACCAUUGAGAGCUCUCAGCUCAGCGACGACAUGGACAAAAUCAUCAAGGAUGUCAUGGGAGACCUGAAUAUGUACCGAGAUGACCUCCAAAACAAGCUGGGGCCUUUUGCCCAGGAUGCGGCUGAAAAGCUGGGUCAAGACAUGACACUGCUGGGCAACAAACUGCGCGACCACCUGAACGAGGCCAAAGGCAGGGCAGCAGAGUACACUGUAGAGAUGCAGAGCAUGGCAGAGCAGAACGCCGACGAGGUGGCCAGCCGGAUGAGGAUCUAUCUCCGCAAGCUGAAGAAACGCUUGGGCAAAGACACAGAGGAGAUCCGCAACAAAAUGGACACCUAUUUUGGUGAGUUGCAGUCUCGCACCAACGAGCAUGUUGAAUCUAUGCGUGAGCGCCUGGAGCCCUACCUGAACGACCUUCUCCAGCGUGGACAGCAGAAGGCCGAAUCUAUCGGCCAGAUGGUGAUGACCCAGGCUGAGGGUGUGAGAGAGAAGCUGGAGGUCGUAGCCAUCGACCUCAAGCAGCAGCUGGAGAAGACCUCCGAGAACCUGCGCUCCACCCUAGAGGCCAAGUGGGGCGAGCUGAGCACAUGGUUCCAGCCAUUUGCCACCGAGAUUCAGGUCAACCUGAAAUCCUUCAUGUAGACGGAGAGGACACUUGACCCCCUUGAUUGUCCUACUUGAUUGGCUCACUGUGUGUGAUUCUUCUUCAUUAAAAAGCACUUUCCACACAGUGAAAUUCUUAUGAGGCUUGUUAUUUCACAUCCAAAUGGUCAUAAAUAAAAAUGUAUAAGCCCAACACUGUGACAACCUCUCUAAAAUAGUAUUAUAAUACUGUAGGUUAUAUGCUUUUCCUGUUGGUUGUUUAAUAUGGCCCAAUUUGAGUCAUAUGUAGCCUACUGUCUGUGUAUGAGGAGUAUCUUAGCCAGAGCACUGAAAGUUAUUAGUGUCAAAGUUAUUUUCAAAAAUAAAUAAAUUAUGGAUAAACUAAA